GUUUUUACCACUGAGUUAAAUAAGGGGUCCUCAGCCCCAGCAGCUCACAAGGCAGCUGAUGAGUGUCCAUAGUGUAAAGCAGGGUGCGGCUGUCCACGCUGACGACUGGCUCAGAGAGGCCUGGCGUGCAGGCACCCGGGAGUGGGGAGCUGCCGACCAGUGAUGAGCGGCCGUGUGCCGCUGGCAGAGAAAGCUCUGUCCGAAAGCUACGCCCGGCUGCGGUACCGGGACGUGUCCUUGCUCAUCUGGCAGCAGCAGCAGCAACAGCUGGAAUCGGGGCCCCCCAGGACCUACCUGAGCAGGAGCCGUAGCAUGUGGUACUCACAGUAUGGAAACGAGGCCAUCCUGGUCCGGGACAGACACAAGCUCGGAGUCUCUCGGGACACAGGCCGAUCCAAGUUCUGUACCAUCAUGUAGUUCCUGUGAGACACCCUGGGCCCAGGUGCUGAGCUGGGCGGAGAUCAGGCCGUGUUGCACUCAGCGAGUGGCCUUGGUGGUCCCCAGGCCUUACUGGGAGAUUCUGGACAGUGAACAAGGAGACCCACUUGUGCUUCCAGAAGCCAAGAAUGCUCACAGGGGCUCCUGAGGCCUCUCCACAUACCACGCGAGCGGCGGACCUGGCUCCCAGGCUCAGUGGCAGCCCUGCCAGCGCUGGGGACAAGGCACCGGUGGGGACACAGCUAGAUGUGGCUUUUCUCUUAUGUUUCCAAGAGGCCCAAGCAAGAGGGACAACCCUGGCUCCAGACCUUUUCAGAACUUUCUAGGUUGUCUCCAGGAUUGCCUUCUGCCUGGUAAAGAACAGGACAGACCAAAAAAGAUGAAGGAACCAGCGUCAGGUCAGGUAUGGCCAAGCGUGGCCGGCGGGGCCAGGUGGGAGUAAGGGGCCAGCAGCAGCCUCGUAGCAGGGCCUUCGACGACGAAAACAGGAAUUGUGUGCGAUGCACUGCAGUAGCUUCUAGAAGCUUCUAUGCCAGCUUCCACAUACUUGGGGGCAAGCAUGCAGAGGCAUCCAAACAACAGUAAGGAAACCAAGAUGUAUUUUCAAGUUUCACGUCAGCUGCUUACAGAGAUUUCCGACGGGAUCUCGCAGCCCCGUGCAGCCCCUGCAGCGGCCCCACGUGGACCGUUUGGCAUUUGCAAUGGACCUGCCUUCGGCUUUAAGGGACGUCUGCGUGGCUCUGCAAAUGUGGGGAUAUCUUUUGUCAAAGCCGAUUUUUCUAAAUAAAUAUGCUUUGGGGGACUCCUUCCUUCUUCACUCUUA